AAAAUAAUAAUAGUUGUCAAGCAACUUUUCUUUCUGGCUGCCGAUCUAAUUCGUGUCUCUCCAUCUCAUCUCACUUCUGUGUUCACCAGUUUCGACUGUUAUGAUAUCUGUUCGUUCUUUUCGACAUGUAUACUGCCUUAAUCGGCAUCUGGUUCACUGCAAUUGAAACCAUUAGGCAUUUAAAAGCAAAGCAGUGUAAUGAUUUCUUGAGAUCUCUUAAUUUUGACAUUAAAUUGUCAGGUUGUUUUUCUUCAUUUCAAAUUUUAUGCGAGAGCUUCCAGAGUGCCGACUCUUGUUUCCAGUCUCAUUGCAUUUAUUUUUAUAUUUAUCAUAAUUAAUAUUCUGUGCGGAAAUGUCAUACCAUGAUUUGUUAUCUUGCAGUAGGUAGUUGAUGGGGGAGGUAAUAGUUAGUUGUUAGGUACUGUUAGCACUUUUCUUAUUCUACUAUGGGAGAUUCUACCACACCCAACGGGGUCUGCGCUUCUGAAGCUUGUACUGAUCCAGGGAAGUUAUUCGUUGGAGGGCUGAGUUGGCAGACGACCCCAGACAGUCUGAAAAACUACUUUCAGAAGUUUGGUGAACUAAAGGAAUGUUUUAUUAUGUGUGAUCCCAUCACUCGGAGGUCGAGAGGGUUCGGUUUCAUAACGUUUGUUAACUUGGAGGACAGUGACAAGGCAGUGGCUCAAGAACCCCACAUACUGGACGGAAAAAAGAUUGACCCCAAGAAAGCAUUCCCUAAAGUUCCUAACUCCAAGUUCGUUACCAAAACGAAGAAAGUAUUUGUCGGUGGAAUCCAGCAUGGAACAUCGGAGGGAGACCUUAAAGAAUACUUUGAAAAGUUCGGGGAUGUGACAGAAGUUACGAUUAUGUUCGAUAAGAUUACCACUAGGUGUAGGGGAUUCGGUUUUGUUACUUUCGACGAAGAAGAUAGUGUUGAUAAGUGUUGUGAUGAACGAUAUCACAUCAUAAACAGCAAAAGGGUUGAAUGUAAGAAAGCGCAACCGAAGGAGGUGAUGUUCCCUCCACAAGGUCGUGGAAUUUACCUGGGUCGCGGAGUCAUCACUCGACCUGGCUAUGUCUACAGUAGGGCUGACUACAACCCUGUUAUCGGCUACUUCCAGCCUCAGUUCACCCCAACUGCUAGAACUAGAUUUGUCUCUCCCACUCCUCCCAGAACCAGAGCUUAUUACCAUGGUUACGGUCCUGCAUAUGGAGCACUACCCCCAAAUUACGCUGUAGACCGCCGUGCCAUCACGUCCUCUUACCUGACUGAUUACAAUCAGCUGGCUAUGACCGCCAUGCCAGCUACAGGACUGCCAGGUCGUGGUCGGGAGCUGUCUUCUUCACCUACUGUUCCUGCUGCAGGAGCUCAGCCUGGUGGUGAGGCCUAUCCUGAGGGCUACACCCACUUUGCAAGUCCGAUGUACUCUCCGUUCAGUGCGUCCCCCUCUCCCAGCAACCCUCAACACUACAGGGCACAACAACUCAAUGGUCCUGACAACUUGACCAGCAACGCUGCUGGACUCACCAUGCCAAGCUACAAUUCUCUUACUGUCAGCUCAUCCGGAGCAUAUGGAAGCACUGUCAAUCCUAGCUACUCUCAGGCACAACGACAGUUUUGAUAGCUUGAACACGUGAUAGCCGUCACGGGUGAGUCACGUGGUUGUCUCGUGGAUGCCACGUGCUACUCAAAUUUCCCCGGGGUAGUGCCCGAGGGACUACAACUUUUAAUCUGAGGCUUUACUAUCCGAAACUCUGGGGUUAUCGGUCUGAGUGAGGCUUCCCCGCUGUCACGAGACAUUGAGAUUCGGUCUGAUUACGUCAUAGAGUGUGAUGACGUCAUGAAGUGUAGUGUCACGUGACUGCACUUCAUACUUUGUCUGAUAUUGUGAUUGUGAUAUAUUAUAAACGUUACUGGCUACGUUUGGAUUUGAUCUAAUAUACACACCUAAAACUUUACGAUAUUUAAUAAAUUCAAUAUGUAUUUGUUGAGCUUUGUAACAUAUUACCCCCAUUGAUUUUGGUACCGAGGUAGAUAUAUUCUGCUGCCAACAUCUUUAUUGUUAAAACAUAUAAUCCAUCCUACAAAAGAUCCUAUUUCCUAAACUAGAGAUCUUUUAAUCGAAGCAAAUUGCAAAAUUCAGUAAUGUAAAAUUGUAGAAUACAGCUCCAAAAAGUGUUGGUCUGAUUAUCCCGUUCACCUUGAGAUAAAUUCCUUGAAUUCCAGCCUUUUGAGGUACAUUAUACCUCUAACCUCGGUACACUUGUAUUUGUUCAGGUUACAAGACCCAAAUUUAGAGUUCUAGAAAGUUUGCUCCAUAGUAUUAUAGUGUGUUUGUUACCAUGGCAACCCAGAGUAUGUGACCUAGUCACAAUCUGCCAUUGCCAUGGUAACACAUUAUUAUUUUAUGACAGAGCAUGAGUAUUUAUUAUAUUGAUGACUGAUAUAAAAGCUAUAGUAAGUUAUUUAGCUCCUUGGUAUGUGCCGAUUUAAGAAGGGUUUCCGUUUAAGAAUUUCAGCUAUUUUGGGUUUCCGUGUUUGUUUAGAACUUAGAAAAUGUGCCGUUUGUGUAUAUUUUUUGUGAAUUUGGUUAAGUUUUUAUAACAUGUUUUUAUCGAAGCUCGAUAGUCAUAAAUAAGAAACCCAGAGCGCCACUUAUUCCAGCCCAUUGAAAGUUAAGUGGCGCUAACGAUUACGUAUAUGAACCCGUAUAUAGAUACCAUUAUGUCUGGCCAGUGCCCUGUUUUCUUCUGUUACAAACCUAGUCUCUCACGAAGUUACGGUACAGAGUUAAAUACGAUGUUGUUAUGCAUACCGUGGAUAAUCCUUGGGUAUUUAAUGUGUAUAAUAGGUACAGAAAUGUGUGGUAGAAAUUAUAAUUAAUAACACUUAAAAUAAUAAUAUGAGCUGUGUGUUGUACAAAGUUUAUAACAUGAUCAAGAACUUGGAGUUAUAGAAUUUAAGAAUUUAGAAAGUUUAGAAGUUAUAUUGUAGUAGUGUAUUGGUAUUAGAAUUAGUAUGUAGCGUAUAGACGUUAGAGUAUAAAUUUUUGUUUAUCGCGGCUGACGAUUUAGUCUCCUUUUAAUUUGUACCAGUUUACAUAAAAUAAAUUCGUGUUAUUUCACGUUUCCAUCCUAGUGGUCCCCCCGAGAUUGUGCUAUAUUGUCAGCCGCCUUUAAGCGAAACAUGUUGCAAGGUUCUUUUAUUUUUUGGGAUUCACCAACGAAUACUUUGUGGUUGAAGUAUUAUAUUUGUAAAACUGUUUUGUACUAAGAUAGUUGCCAGCCGUUCUCAGUACGGUUUCUUGUAAGUCCUUGUCAUCAUCGAUCAGGGUAUCCCAAACAACAGGUAAGACAAAUAAUGUAGUCAGUUAUAAACUGUCUGUGAUAGUCAUCCUGCAUCAUUCGACUCAAUUUAACACUGAUGAAUAUGGCCACAAUCGGUUGAUUCGUGGCAUAAAAAUACUUUACUGCUAAGUUAUCUAAUCUAAACAACUUUGGGUGCUAGUUCAUCGAUUUGGGAUACUCUGUGAUGAUGAAUUUACGUCAGAAUGGUUUAAAACCACAUUCGAGACGAAGCCUCCAUUCCUUUAGCAAUAGCGUUAUAAUAAAAUUUACCGACACUGAAAGAUGGUAAUCCAUAUCACGUGCAUUAUAUUCCACGAAGACGGCAACUUUAUAGAACUUGCAGCUGCCAACAAACAAUCAUCUUUCAGUGUCAAAAUGUCACAUUACUUGCAAGUAUUUGGUUCCGAUUACUAUUUUAUGAGCUUGCAGUUCGUAACUUUCGUCUUACAAUUGCAUGAUUCAUAUUGAGCUGUCACGUCCUCUUGGUAUUGACAAUAUUAACGAGGCAAUGCUACAGAUAUCGGUUCUUUUCUCCUGCUGUUUGUUAAUGGUAUUCUGCAAAUUUAAGUGCAUUAAUACACUAAAUAUGUGGUUACUUUGAAGAAAAAUAUACGCUUCGAAUAUGAUUUGAUUUUUUACAGAUUUAUUGAGUUUCAAGUUACGAUUAUGUGUUACCGAUAAGUUUCGAUUAAGUUACGAUUUGUGAAAAAUGUUUAAAGCUUUUAUACAGUAACUUUAAGUAGUAUGAAUUGAAUUACCUUAAUUAAAAAAUUUUUGGGAGCUAGCGGGCUCAUCAUGAUAAUGAAACAUGUGCUUAAAUCUAAAAUUUCUAGGUCUUUAUUGCGGAUUGUAUCACGAGUCAGUUAAUAUAGUUUGCAAUGUUGUCACGUGAUAUGCAGUAUAACAGUAUUGUGAAAAUCAACGCCUUACAAAAACUGAA